AUGUCUUUCAACAAUAAUUUACCCAACGAAUGUAUCCAAAAUAUUUUAAGGCACGUCAAGAAAAGUGACUAUAAUACGUUUCAUGCAGCCAUUUUAAUAAAUCGCAAAUGGUGUCAGAAUGGUAUUAUGUUUCUUUGGCAACAACCUUUCAAUAUUCCUGUUAACUUUAAACAUCGUUAUAAAUUAAUUUCUAUUUUUCAUUAUUUCUUUGAUGUGAACCAAGAUGAAUUAUAUUCGACCAUCGCGCCAUCAUUUAAUUAUCCUAGUUUUCUUAAAAGUCUUCAUUCGGAUAAUUUGGCCAAGAUUGUCUUGGAAUGGAUAGCAAAACAUACUUUUAAACCAAAGAAAACAAGGAAGCAAAAUCGUAACGAACGUACAAAGUUAUAUCAACCAACAUUCUUUACAUUAUAUCGUAACAAUAAUACAAGUUCUGUUGGAUCAAUGAUUAAAUUUAAUUUAUUUAAAAAAAUAUUUAAAUCAAAAUUCUCAUUUGAUUCAAAAUCUUUUCAAGAAAAAUUCUCUCUAAUAAUUCAAUCCAUUUUAAAUGUUGUUGCGGAAAAUUGUGUAAACAUUGAAUGUUUACGUGUAGGUAAUGAAUAUUCAGAAUACGUGGAAGAUUAUUUAUUAAAGCACGAAUGUUUUAAACAUUUAACCACUUUCAAAUGUCAUCAACCGAACAUUGACCCCACGAUAUUCCUUCGAUUUUCCAAUUAUAUGCAAAACAUCAACACCUUAUCCAUCACCAUAUCGAAUAAUAACAUAUUUGAUGAUUGUAAACUUAAAGAAUUGGUUCAUCUGAUAGAUUCUCAAAGACACCUUCAAUCGCUUAGCAUUAGAAAUCAAUAUAACGCGGACAUGUCCUUGUUAUUUGAGGCCAUGUCAAGAAAGUCAAAUACAUUACGAAAGCUUGAAUUAAUUUCGCAUAGAAAUCUCAAGCACGAUGAGGCAAAACAUUUAUCACAUUGUGUCAAUUUAAAUGAAUUAUCAAUUUAUGGCGUUAGAAUUUGUCAAGAAUUAGAUCCUUUAUUAUUUAAUUCUAAAUUUUAUCAUCUUAAAGUUCUCAAGUUCGUGGAGACGAGUUGGUUUUAUGAAUCAUCAUCAUCAUCUCCUUUUAUUUCAAUGAUUACAAAUAAUGGUGCUUUAUUAAAUCAUCUUCAUUUAGAUUUAGAUUUAAAGCAUAAUUUAAACCUAUUAAGGACAAUUUCAAAAUGUUGUUUAAACCUUUCCACUUUUAUUAUUACUAUAAACGAAGGUGAAAUGUUUCGUUUACUUUAUCCUAUAUUUAAGAAUUGUAAAAAUUUAAAAUCGAUUCAUAUUUAUAAAAUUCAUAAAGAUGGGAUAACUGAAGAAAUCUUGACGGAUUUUAUUAAUCAUAUUUCAAUCAAUUUAUCUUCUUUAGUUUUAAACAAGAUCAAAUUUUUUUUAAAUGAUUAUCACGGUGAUGAAAUUGGUAAACAAGUUCUUUUAGUUCAAUUAAUGAGAUACUUUAUUCAAUCAUCAUUGUAA